AAUAUUGUGAAGGAAAAAAAAAGUUCCCUUUAUACCAAGAACUUUGUAUACGAUAAUUUGAGGAAGGUGGAGAUAGGCUUUCUCUGAACCACACACGAGUAAGUUUUGAUAUGUCAUUUUACAAUCCCGCCUACUUUUGAUUUCAACGCUAAUGAUGAUUUCAAAACCAUAAUUCAAUAAUAAUAUUUAGAAAAAUUACGCCAUUCGAACCCAUUGUCCCUAGACUAGACGACUAGACCAGUAUCCAGUAAGUUAGAAAAACAAAGUAGAGGAGUCAAAUUAUAGCCUUCAGUUAAAUUCAGGGACCUAUUGGUAACUUCGGCUUGGAAUUUAGCAAAAGUAAUUUUGAAACCCUAAAUUACCCUCCCCGCCGUCGCUUCCCAAGUCUAUCGUGUCGCGAGGCGGUCAAUUGCAAUCCAAAGACUUCUUUUUUUCUUUCGUUGAAUUAAUCCAAAGACUUUCUUUGUACACUUCUUUUUAGUUUUUUUCCCCAGUUUAUUUAUUUAUUUAUAAAAUAGACUGCAAUUGAAAUUAAGAUGGGAUUGCCGCUACUGCUCUCCUCAUCUUCUCUUCCAGCUCCUUCUCCUGCUCUCGAGGGUUCUAGGGUUUUGGCUUUCGCCGGAUCUUAAUCUGCUCGAGUGUUUCGCCUACUUUGAAGAAGGAGAUAGUUUUGCUUGCUCGCUCGCUCGCUAGUUCCAGCAAUGAAGAAAAAGCUCGACACUCGCUUCCCCGCUGCUCGCAUCAAGAAGAUUAUGCAAACUGAUGAAGACAUAGGGAAGAUAGCGAUGGCUGUGCCUCUUCUAGUUUCAAAAGCUUUGGAGCUGUUCCUGCAAGAUCUGUGUGAUCGAACCUACGAUGUAACUCUGCGGAGAGGAGCCAAAACCUUGAAUUCAUCGCAUCUGAAACAAUGUGUCCAGAACUUUAACGUCUUUGACUUCCUAAGAGAAAUCGUCAGCAAGGUUCCUGAUAUGGGUGGUCCUGAAGCUGCCAGUGAUGAUAACCAUUGCGUCAAAAGAAGGAAAGUUGCUGAUGUUGAAGGCAAUGGGAACGAUGAAGAGUUCCAUAGGGGUGUCAAAGCUCAUGAUAUUGUCAGCCACACAACAAGCAAUGGCAGAGGGCGCGGUCGCGGAAGAGGUAGACCUCGUGGGAGUGGUAGGACUACUGUUGAGAGGCAGCAUCCUACAGCCCACUACGACAAGUACGAAGACGACCCUGAUUUGGGGCAUGGUGAUGAUGACGAAGACGAUGAAGGGAAAUAUAGUCCUGGUGUCGUGGAAAGAUUGAACAACAAUUGUGGGACACCUGUUCAUGAUUUCGACCUGAAUGCCGACUUGGAUGAGAACGGAGAAUCGAAGCCAGUUUCACCUCCUCCUCCUCCUGCUGCUGCUGCUGCACCACCGCUUGUUCUGUUCCCUGCAUCUGCUGCUGCUGGUCAACAACCGAGCCUCUCGCCCAAGUCACCUCUUCUGAAGAAACACAUGGAAUUCCUUGGCUGGUCGUUUGAUGAUGUCGAGAAGAUGGAUAUUGACCCCAGUCAGCUAGCGAAUUUGAACAGGAUGGAUGAGGAUGAUGAGGAGGAUUAUGAUGAAGAAGAUUGAAGCUCUAGCUUGACUGAUUGUAUAUUCUAGUAGUCUAGAAGUAGCCAAGUAGAAUGCCUAGUCGGUAGAAUAGAACCACAGUUGGGAUGUUGGAAACCUGAAGGGAUGGAUGAUUGUUGUAGGGCUAGGUCGGAAUGGGCUCGUCUUAUUUUCAUCUAUGCAGAGAGCCAUUGUAACAUAGAUAGCUUCAUGUAACCGGGGUUUGGUAGUGUUUUUUUGGAUGCUUUGGCCCGGUUGGUUCAUUGGACCGUUUUGGAAUGGUAAACAGCAAAGUUACUGGAAAUUUUUGGGGCAGUAAUUUGGAACCUACGGUAUUCAUCAUAUUGGGUUUCAUGGAGAAACCACGAAAUUUUACGUUGAAACUUCAUACUCAAUGUCCUGUGCGAAAUAUGAUCUUCAACUCUCAAUAAAACUGAAAUUUGGAU